AUUUCUGAUACGAAUCAGGUAUGUUGGAUACUUGUAAAUCUGUAGAUGGAUGUCUGAAAUCAUCGUCAGAUAUUACUGUCAAAUAUCCAUGUGUGUGUGUGUGUGUUGAGAGCAUGGUGCUUUCAUGAGAAUUCAGCAUGCUCAGUAGGUGUGGAAGGUGUUGAAAAUGUCAUUUCGAAACACUUCAUAUUUCAUCUUCAAUCUCGAAUUCACGAUACCAUUUGUAAAGUCUAAACAUAACUUGGAGGUUUUCAGUAAAAUUCUUAUUACAUUAUUUCACGUGUCCCUUCAACUCUAUUUCCAUAUUCACAUAUCAAUCACACUAACAACAAACAUCAUUGAUCAGUGUGACCUAUCAACAAACGUCAAUCACUCGAUUAUUUCUGCAAAUCCUCUCUCAUCACUGGUUGAACGGAUUGAAAUCUAUUUUGAAGAAAUCUUCACUAAUGAAAAUAGUAAAUGGAAAGUGUAAU